AUGGCCUUUUUGGAUGUGAAAUUCAACGUACUAACUUUCUUAUUUCAAGAUACCGGCACCACAAUCCCCACCGUCGUCGCUCCCGUCAGCGCGGUGCGGGCAUCCGUAGACGAAAAUAUUCUUGAUGAGAAGUCCCAGGCCGCCGCCAACACCUCAGAUGUUGCCGAUGAAAGCCAUGGGGCUUUGGAAGGUCUCAUCAUCCCGACUGAGGAGGAGAAGUCUACGUUAAGACGUGUUGCUGGAACGAUGCCGGCAACUUGUUAUUACCUUUGCGCCGUUGAGUUCGCCGAACGAGCCUCUUACUAUGGAUGCAACCAAGUCUACAAGAAUUUCAUUCGCGCUCCUCUCCCUCCCGACGGCAACGGCACUGGCGCUACGGCUCCUGGCUCUGAAUAUACUGCCGGAGCUCUAGGCAAGGGUUCUGUGGUGGCUACUGCUAUGACUGAAGCCUUCAAAUUCUUAGCCUAUGCGCUGCCAAUUUACUUCGGUUGGCUUGCCGAUACUAAGUACGGCCGCUUCAAGAUGAUUUGCUGGGGUGUUGCGGUCUGUGGCGUUGCUCAUAUCAUCAUGAUUAUCUCAUCGCUUCCGCCUGUGCUUCUCUCUGGCAACGCCAUCGGUCCUUUUGCUCUAUCUUUAUGUACGUUCUGGCUCUCGUCAUCGCUGCCAUAUAUGCUCUCAAUUGGUGCUGCUCAGUUCAAGCCCAAUAUCUCGCCUACUAUAAUUGACCAGGUUCCUCACAAAAUCGAGCACGUCAUCACCGACAAGAACGGCGAGAAAGUUAUCGUUGAUCCUCAGGAAUCUGUCAACAAUGUGAUGCUGUGGUUCUAUCUACUCAUUAACCUUGGCUCGACUUUUGGCAUCGCGACGACUUACCUGGCUAAGCUCGUUGGAUACUGGUCGGCAUACUUGAUUCCCACGAUUUUGUACCUGAUGCUUCCACCGCUAUUGUGGUACUUAAACCCUCGUCUCGUCAAGCAACCUCCUGGAGGUUCGGACUUGGGAAAUGUGUUCAAGGUCCUCGGUGAUAUCUUUGCUAACGGCGGCUUGAAGCAUAUUGGCCGCAAGGGAUUUUGGGAACAGGGCAAGCCGAGCGUACGCAAAGCCGCGGGCAGCACCAAGGUAUACGAAUAUGACGAUCAGUUCGUUAACGAUGUUCGACGAACCUUCCAAGCUUGCGGUAUCUUCCUCUUUUCCCCUAUUUGGCAAAUUAACGACGGUGGUCUUGGUGCUGCUGCCAACGCUCUCACCGCCGCAAUGGAUACCAACGGUCUUCCUAACGAUCUUUUGGACAACUUGAACGCCGUUUCCAUUGUCAUAAUGGUGCCUUUCAUGAACCAUAUCAUCUAUCCGCUCCUCCGCAAACGCGGUAUCAAGUGGGGACCUAUCUCUCGGAUGACCUUCGGUUUCGCUCUUGGCACGGUUGGCUCUAUUGCCUAUUCUAUUCUCCAGUACUACGUGUACAAGACCUCGCCAUGUGGCUGGAACGCUACAACGUGCGCUGAGAUUGUCCCUGUCGGCGAGGUUUCGGUUUCCACCGUCUCCUACGCCUGGUACGCGAUCCCCGUCAUAAUCACCGCCAUUUCCGAGAUCUUCGUAAACGUCACCGCCUACGGUAUCGCCUACUCGCGAGCUCCCAAGAACAUGAAGGGUCUUGUCGCUUCACUCAAUCUCGCCAUGACGGCUAUCUCCGCCGCCAUCGGCCUCGCUACCGCGCCGGCCAUUAGCGACCCCUACCUCAUCUGGGCGUUUGCCGGGCCCACUAUUGCCGGCGCCGUGCUCACCGUGUUGUUCUGGUUUACCUUCAAGCACAUCGACAAGGAGGAGUUUAUCCUGGGCACCGACUUUGCCGAUUUAAAGAAGGAUUCGGAACGCGAAAGCGACGAGGAGAGAGCUCCCCAGACCAAAUCGGUUGACGAGAAGUCUUAG